AUGACUGAAUUCGAAUUGCCUCCAAAAUACAUCACCGCUGCUAACGACUUGCGGUCAGACACCUUUACGACUCCAACUCCAGAGAUGAUGCAAGCCGCUUUAGAGGCCUCCAUCGGUGACGCUGUCUACGGUGAAGAUGUUGACACCGUCAGGCUCGAACAAACCGUUGCCCGCAUGGCUGCCAAGGAAGCAGGUCUUUUCUGCGUAUCUGGGACUUUGUCCAACCAGAUUGCCAUCAGAACACACUUGACGCAACCUCCAUACUCCAUUCUGUGUGACUACAGGGCCCAUGUUUACACACACGAAGCCGCUGGUCUAGCCAUCUUGUCUCAAGCGAUGGUCGUUCCUGUGAUUCCUUCCAACGGUGACUACUUGACUUUGGAAGAUAUCAAGUCCCACUAUGUCCCAGACGAUGGUGACAUUCACGGUGCCCCUACCAGAUUGAUUUCUUUGGAAAACACUUUACACGGUAUUGUCUACCCAUUGGAAGAAUUGGUCCGUAUUAAAGCUUGGUGUAUGGAAAAUGGUCUCAAGUUGCAUUGUGAUGGUGCCAGAAUCUGGAAUGCCGCUGCACAAUCUGGUGUGCCAUUGAAGCAAUACGGGGAGAUCUUUGACUCCAUCUCCAUCUGUCUAUCCAAGUCUAUGGGUGCUCCUAUCGGGUCUGUCUUGGUUGGGAACCUUAAGUUCAUCAAGAAGGCCACCCAUUUCAGAAAACAACAAGGUGGUGGUAUUAGACAAUCUGGUAUGAUGGCUAGAAUGGCUCUUGUAAACAUCAACAACGACUGGAAGUCCCAACUGCUGUACUCGCACUCCUUGGCCCAUGAGUUGGCUGAAUUUUGCGAAACAAAGGGCAUCCCGCUAGAGUCUCCAGCAGACACCAACUUUGUUUUUAUCAACUUGAAGGCCGCUAGAAUGGACCCAGAUGUCCUUGUUAAGAAAGGUUUGAAGUACAACGUUAAACUGAUGGGUGGUAGAGUCUCGUUCCACUACCAGGUCACCAGAGAUACUUUGGAAAAGGUCAAGUUGGCCAUCUCCGAGGCCUUCGACUACGCAAAGGAACAUCCUUUCGACUGCAACGGACCUACCCAGAUUUACCGUAGUGAAUCCACCGAGGUUGACGUCGAUGGCAACGCUAUCCGCGAAAUAAAAACCUACAAGUACUGA